GACAGUCCAACAACGGCAAAACCAAUAAGAGGCAUUCUUAAGAAGCCAAACCAAACACCCCGAAACAACAUCGAUCCUCAUCUGAAAUGGGAUGAAGCCAAUCUGGAACUUACAGAGGCGCAAAAGGAUGCUACCAUGAAAGUAGAUGAACCAAAGACGCCAUACAUUCACUAUAACCAUGAGACAGACGAAGUACUUAAUAUGCCAGCUGAUGUUGGUUAUGAGGGAAAAGCUGUCAAUGAGGAACCUGAAGAGUUUUCAUUAGACACUGGAAAUGAGUCUGAUCGAUCCAGUACCUCAAGUAGUCGCAAGGGACGACGUGUAUACCUUAGUGAUGAUGAUUGGGAUUCAGAUGACAAAGAAGAAGAUGAACAAACUAAAAAACAACACGAUGAAUUCGCAAAGAAGAGAGCUAUGCACUACAACAUGGGAAACGUACUGCGCCAUGACACAGAUAUGGAAGAGGAAGGUGACAAUGGAGUUCCACCUUUACCCACCUCCGUGAAGCCAACCAACAACGGGCAGUCUAUGGAAGAAUGAGUAAUACAUUGAAAAUAAACCCCCCCCCCCCAUUUUUUUUUACCAAACAUGUACAUUGAAUAUUCAAUAUUUCUGCAAGACGAAAGUACCUUGGCGAUACCGUUUCUAUUUCUGUUUCUAUAUAUACAAGCUUUUGAAUGAGAAUAGUAAUUAAAAUAAUUAUACCUUCUAACAAUC